AUGGACCACCGGCAGGGUUUGGCUCUGGGCCAGCGCAAUUUGGAACACCACAAAACGCUCGCGGCCGCGGAGGAUUCCGUGGUGGGAGAGGUUAUCAUGAUCGUGGACGGAGAGAACCCGAAGAUCGGCCGAAAGCGAAGCAUCCCAUUCCUGGAAACAAAGGAAAGUUUUUGGAAAUUUCCAGAGCAAGUCUUGAAGGGCGUGGUGGAAUUUGAUCGCCUCGAGCGUGAGAAGAAGGAAAGGAAAGAACGGGGUGAGCCCGAAGUGCCAACCAAGAAAGAAUCGCCCCCGCCACAGGAUCCUCAUACAGAGUUCCAGCCGACACUACAAGAACCGGAGCAUCCAGACUAUGACGACGACUAUGAGGAGGUGGAGGUUACAGACAGUGAGGGAGAAGAGGGCCAACCAUCAAAGCGUGCACGAGCUGAAAGUGAGGCCCCCAAGGAUCAGCCGCUAGAAUUCAACGAAGAAGACAUGGCAUACCAACUAGCAGCCAUGGGUGAAGACUACGGACUGGAUCCGGGGGAAUAUGGUGAGGUCGGAGAAGAAGACUGGGAAGAGGGUGCAGAGGGCCUACCGCUGACAGAGGCCGAUGCCGAGGCCCUCUUCCGCGACUUGCUGGAUGACUUCCGAAUCAACCCAUUCACGACAUGGGAAAAUGUCAUUGAAGAAGGCCGCAUAAUCGAAGAUACUCGGUAUACCGCGCCCUCGAACAUGAAGACACGACGAGAGAUCUUUUCCAAUUGGAGCCGGGACCGAAUCCAAUAUGUAAAAGAGCAGAAAGCGAAGCAGGAGAAGACCGACCCGCGCAUUAGAUAUCUGGAAUUUUUGCAAGAAUAUGCCACCCCGAAGCUUUACUGGCCGGAAUUCAAGCGCAAGUACAGGAAAGAGCCUGAAAUGAAGGACUCUCAGCUUGGAGAUAAAGAGCGCGAGAAGUUCUACCGAGACCACAUCUCGCGUCUCAAGCAACCCGAAAGCACCCGCAAGUCAGACCUGUCAGGCCUGCUCAAAUCUGUUCCUUUGGACUUGUUGCAUCGGUCGUCGAACUUGGAAGCUCUGCCCAACAUGGUCAUCACUGAUGUUCGAUAUAUCGGACUCGCCCCCGAGGUUCGAAACCCCUUGAUUGAGGCGUACAUAUCUACUCUGCCUCCGCCGCCAGAGGUACAGAUGACGGCAGAAGAGCUAGAAGAAGCCGACAGAAAACGAGUUGAACGGGAGAAACGCGAGAGAGCCCUUGCAGAUCGGGAGAAGCGCGUGGAGGAAGAGAAGCGGAGGCAGCGAGGAGAUCUUCUCCGUGGCAAGCAUCUCCUCCGAGAAGGCGAGGCCGAGAUUGAACAGGCAAUGCGCGUCAACAAGGACGGACUAAUGAGCUACAUGGAUGUUGAUCAGGGGGCAGACGAGGAACAGAAGCCGAGUCAAUAA